CGGCGGCGGCGGCGGCUCGCUGAGGUGGUAGCUUCACUUUCCAGGACUCGGGGGCGGCCACAGCGGCAGCCGCGGGCAGCAGCCUCGAUAUCCGGAGCUGGAGCGGCCGGGGGUGGCGGCCGCGGCGUUGAGGGCUAUAAAAUGUCCACUGAGGCACAAAGAGUUGAUGACAGUCCAAGCACUAGCGGAGGAAGUUCCGAUGGAGACCAACGUGAAAGUGUUCAGCAAGAACCAGAAAGAGAGCAAGUUCAACCUAAGAAAAAAGAGGGAAAAAUAUCUAGCAAAACAGCUGCUAAAUUGUCAACUAGUGCUAAAAGAAUUCAGAAGGAACUUGCAGAGAUUACAUUAGACCCUCCUCCCAACUGUAGUGCUGGACCCAAAGGAGACAACAUUUAUGAAUGGAGGUCAACUAUUUUGGGACCCCCAGGAUCUGUGUAUGAAGGAGGAGUAUUCUUUCUUGACAUUACCUUUUCACCAGACUAUCCAUUUAAACCCCCUAAGGUUACCUUCCGAACAAGAAUCUAUCACUGUAAUAUUAACAGCCAAGGUGUGAUCUGUCUGGACAUCCUAAAGGACAACUGGAGUCCAGCCCUAACCAUUUCUAAAGUUCUCCUCUCCAUCUGCUCACUUCUUACAGAUUGCAACCCUGCGGACCCUCUGGUAGGCAGCAUUGCCACGCAGUACAUGACCAACAGAGCGGAGCACGACCGGAUGGCCAGACAGUGGACUAAGCGGUACGCCACAUAGGGACCUGCUGCCUGCUGCCCCUGCCGGACCUGUGCAAGCACAUUCACCAAGUGCAUCGAUAGCCCUGCCGUACCUAACCCCUCUCGACCUCAGUUAUUUCCUUAUUUUUAAGUUUUGAAUCAUUUUGUGAUGGUAUGUCAUCACACACACACAUACACUUUCUCUUCUCUCCUUCCCCUCCCUCUCCUGCCUCCCCCUUUCCCUCUCUUGUUUUAUUCCCUCUCUGAUUUCUGUUAACUUGAAAGAAAGAUUUGGGAUUUUUAUUUCCCCACCUCAAAGUAGGUGGGAAUUUUUGUUUUCAGUGCAAACAAUGUUGGAUCUGUAACAGUAAGAACUUUCUUACAAAGCUUUGUAUUACUGUGUGGCUUUGUUUAUUUGAUGUUGUUUGUUUUAUUUUGAAUUUGUUCUUUUUAUGUGAUCUUCAGGAAACACACGAAUUCAGAAUUAUAUCUCAUUUCUACUUUAAUGUAGUGCUAGGAUUAAUUUUUUGUACUGAAGUCUUUAUUGGUGGGUGCAUGCUACUGGGAACAAGUUUUUGUACAAAAGCUUAAAUCAGAAUCACUGUGCAUUACUGAAACUCUGUUUAUCACUAGUCUUCUGUCCCACACACAGAAGACUGUUGGAUUGAACAAAAUAAUAUGUAUUUUGAUUUACUUAAAGUGCUUGUAAAUUUCUUAGGGACCUGCCACUUUUGACUGUGGAUCAGUUGAUGUACACUUGUAUUAUUAAAGCACUCAAUAAAUCACUGUGGCUGAUA